ACAAAAACUUACACGGAACCAUAUUGACGCUGCGUGUAGCCAGUAGCUUUGCCACCAUAUCACUGCUGACAACGUUAUGUAGGCGAAAAAGCGAUUUUGCGGAUACUAGUUAGCUUUAAGACACGAGUCGAUCACGGAUCUAAACGAAGUGAUUUGGAAAGAUUGCGCGGUGCGAGCUCGCACUGUAUUGAAACACAGCGUGACCUUUUCAAAAUUAUAUAACGGUUUGUCAAGUCUUUAAUGUACCGGCAGUAUCGUUCGUUCAAUCGGAACCCUAUGGUUUGGAUGCGUCCUGGCGCACAUCCGUCCGGGAGAGAGCCGCCCGGGCCGCUUCAAGAUGCUACACAUCCUUCUCAAGGACCAACACAUGCUGCCAUGAUGAAUAUGGCACAGCAGAUGCUGCAACAACAACAACAACAGCAGCAGCAGCAGCAGCAGCAGCAGCAGCAGCAGCAAGGACCUGUGUCGCCCGCAUUGUCUGGCCAAAUUCCAAUGGCCAAUCAAUAUGCGCAAUGGCAAACGUAUUCCCCUCAGGAUAUUUCCUAUCCUUCAAUGAGGCCUCCGCCAUAUCCACAGCCAUAUUGUGAUAGUUCCUCGGCAUACUGGCAAAUGACGCCAACGAUCCCGGAAUAUUUCGGUGCUUCACCUUCUGGGGCGCUAGAUGUCGUUUCCUCUAAUCCGUUCUUCAGAGCAUUAAUGCAACAGCAAGAGGCAGCUGAUCACGCCCUGAAAACUCGCCGCGUUGAAAGGGAACAAAGUAUGGAAUGGCACGUAAGUGGCAUGCCAUGGUAUCGGCCAGAGGAUAUUCUAGUUUCUGUCGAAGGUCGACACGUUAUGCUAACCGCGAAGCGUGAAGAAGUAGGAAAUUGCCGUGGAAUCCCAGAAGACUGCGGGCCGGACUGUGGUUACACGAUUUUUCGGCAGGCUCAUAGGUGCUUUACACUGCCAGAAACUGUCGACGCGAGCGACGUUCGUGCCCAUAUAGAGCUAGGACCAGAUCAGCAACCGACGCUGAUUAUAACUGUUCCAAAGCUUCCUUUCAGGCGAGUGUAACAGGAUACAAUGUAAAAGCGAAUGCAUGAUUGGCGAAUAACUAUAAGUAAAAAAAACAUUUGGUCCUUGAAGCGAAACAAAAUCGAGAAAAAAACAUUUUGUGCCUUAAUUUUUGCUGCUUCGAAUUAACGCGUGUGUUUUUAUAAACAUGAUGAACCAUGGCUGCGUUGAUUUAGUAGAAGUUAAGAGCGACCGGAAAAUACGAGAAGGCGGCCUGAAUGUAGGUAAAUUAUGAAUAUGCUUAUUCGAAAUUAGAGCAGAAUAUGUUCGAAUGUGAUUUGAAAAUGUUGUGUACCUUCGAGCCCCUUUAUUCUGUAUUGCAAAGGACGUAGUACUUUAGGCUUACGACCACACACCAACCCAAAAAUGGAAGCGACGUUUUCUUUGGUGCACAAACACCCUGGCAUAUAUUACACAUCAGCGCGUCCGAUCCCUACAAACUAUGCCUACUAAAUCAGUGUUUUCAAAUAAUUUAUAAAAACGGACGUUUGCAGAUUUAAA